AUGAUUCUGUUCACAUCGGGGACGACGAGUUUCCCGAAGGGCGUGAUGCUGACGCAUGACAGUUUUUCGUCAUACAUCCUGAGCACAGUUACACCUGCGGACCCGGACGAAGAGGACACGAACAUACUGACCGUGCCGCUUUAUCACAUCGCGGGUGUGCAGUCGGUGAUGGCGGCGAUUUUCGGCGGUCGGACGCUGUUGAUACAGCGGCAAUUCGAGGCGAAGCAGUGGAUGGAGCUUGUUGAGCAAGAGCAAGCCACUCGCGCGAUGAUGGUUCCGACGAUGCUGAAGAUGCUGAUGGACCAUCCGGAAUUUCAUCAGCACAACCUGACCAGCCUGCAGGUCAUUACAUACGGCGCUGCGCCGAUGCCUCUGCCUGUGAUACGGCAGGCUAUUCAGGAGUUCCCGGGCAGUUACUUUAUCAACGCAUUCGGGCAGACGGAGACUGCUGCGACGAUUACGAUGCUGCCGCCUGAAGACCAUGUUCUGGAGGCUGGCUCGAUAGGCAAGCCGCUGGACGAUGUCGAGGUACGGAUAUUCAACGAGGAAGGCGAGCUUGCGGCUCUGGGCGAGACGGGCGAGAUUGCUGCACGCGGCGCGCGGCUGAUGAAGGGCUACUGGAACCAGGAAGAGGCGACGACGGAGACGAUACGCGGCGGGUGGCUGUUCACUGGCGACCUGGGGUAUCAGGAUGAGGACGGGUAUAUCUACCUUGCGGGUCGCGCGCGGGACUUCAUCAAGCGCGGCGGCGAGAUGGUGUCGCCGGAAGAGGUGGAGCAGGUGCUGCAAUCGCACGAGGCGAUUGAGGAAGCGGCGAUUAUCGGCGUGCCGGACCUGGACUGGGGUGAGCGUGUGCGCGCGAUUGUCGUGCUUAGGGACGGCGGUGAGGCGAGCGAAGAGGCCAUCUCGGAAUACUGCCGGCAGCGACUGGCGAGUUUCAAGAAGCCGGAGUCGGUGGUGUUCUGCAAAGAGUUGCCGCGCAAUCCGAUGGGGAGGGUGCUGAAGCGGCUGCUGAAGGAAGAGUAUAGCUAUCCGGUGGUUGUGGGGUAG